AUGGGCAGGACGAGUGGGUUGGCAUUAAAAUACUAUCCCCAGCCAUCAAAAAAUUUUGAUAGGCAACAUGAUGACGGGACAGAGAUUAAAAUAUCUCAUUUACCACCACAUUUGAUUAUGCUCCCUAUUAGUAGGGCGGCUGGCCCCACCACCACUCCACCAACAGAGGGCCACCACUUGUCAACUUCUGGUAACGCUGCAUCCAAAGAGCUGGAACGUAUUGAUCAACUCUUCUAUUCAUAUGCAAACAAUUCCUCUGAUAUGAUCGAACCUGAAGGAAUUGAGUCCCUUUGUUCUGAUCUGGAAGUCGAUCAUACUGAUUUCCGCAUAUUAAUGCUUGCUUGGAAAAUGCAAGCUAAAAGACAAGGAUAUUUCACCUUUAGAGUGGUGAACAAGCCUUGCUUUGAAAGUAGACACGACACAAUAAGUAAAAUCAAGAAGGCACUUCCAGAACUUGAGAAAGAGAUAUGGAUAGCCAGAAGGCCAUCAAACUUUGUGGACUUCUACUCGUACGCUUUUAGAUAUUGCUUGACUGAGGAAAAGCAGAAGAGUAUAGACAUUGAAUGCAUUUGCAUACUGCUGGAUCUUGUUCUACGGUCGCAUUUUCGGCCCCAAGCUGAUGCACUUAUUCAGUAUCUAAAGAUGCAGAAUGAUUACAGGGUCAUUAACUUGGAUCAAUUGAUGGGGUUCUAUCGGUUCUGUAAUGAGAUUAGCUUCCCAGACUUCAGCAAUUAUGAUCCAGAUCUUGCUUGGCCCUUGGUCUUUGAUAAUUUUGUCGAUUGGAUGAGUGUAAGGUGAGAACCAUGUCGAAGUCUAUAUUGCCUACAGC